UUUCGUUGCACAUCAUACUGAUGCUUAGGAGAUCAUUUAAAUCACAAGUUAUAGUUUAGGAUCAGUUUUAAACUUUGAAUUACCCGAACUGCUGAUGUUGUUUUUCUAGUCUUGAACCUUAAUCAAACAUUUUAGUAAUUUUGAACUAGUAGUACAUGACUCAUCAAAUAGAUUUAUAGAUUUAUAAAUAGGCAGUCUCCAACUUAGAAGUGAAUCGUAUUCUAAGAGUUUGUUUGGAACUGAUGAUAAUUCCUGAUCGAUUAAGUGCCACAGAAGCAGUCCACUUUGCACAUGAAUUCACAAAUACUUAUUUAACCCAUACUGAGGUAGGACAGUGUUACUGUUAUUUUACCUUCUUUUAUAACAAACUAAUUUUCAAGUGCAAAUACAACACUGUUUAAGCCAUAUAUAGUAUAUCUUGUAAAGUAAGCUAGGUCUCCCUUUGUUGGUUGAUUAGGAUUGUAACUACCGUUUAUGAGCUUGUUUCUUUAGGGGGAAAACUUCUGUAUUCCAGGGUGAUAGGGAAGGUAACAAUUUUUAAAUGUCUCCCUAUUUCCCUUGUCAUGUCUACUGGUCUGUCAGGCAUAUACAUGACAUGCACUUGCCCUAUUGACCAAGGAAGUGCCACAGUUUCUGAGAUUCAGAGGGUGGAAUCAAGAAAAACCCCGCCCCUUCCACCCUUGCCAUUGGCCCUUGGUAGAGACCAGUGCCUGCUUGUUCACGGAUGCGCUCCUAUUGACGACGGUUGCUCUCACUAAGUGCAUAUUCUGCACAGCUGCUGUUUGUUGACUGACUGCUGUCUUGAUAGCUCAGGAAAAUCGGUGGAUUCCCAGUCAUUUCGAAGUGAAUCUGAAAUUGUGCCAAAAAUUGCUAAAAUGACUGUGUCUGGAAAGAAGCAGACUAUGGGAUUUGAAGUGCCUGGAGGAACUGCUGAAGAAAAUGGUCAUAGUUUCCACACACCUCAAAAAGGACUUUCUAGUGAAGAUAGCAGCAUUGCUUCUUCUGAUGUUCCUGAGGCCGUUUCUAAAUCAGCUCUUCCAUCCCACACCAGUCAAGCGUCAGAAGAGCAGAGUUCAGCACCAACACCGGUGAAAAAGUCUAGCAAGCUGAAGCAGCAGAUCGACGUCAAGGCGGAACUGGAGAAGCGGCAAGGAGGGAAGCAGCUCCUCAACCUGGUGGUCAUUGGUCAUGUUGAUGCUGGGAAAAGUACUCUGAUGGGCCAUAUGCUUUAUCUUCUGGGUAAUGUAAACAAAAGAACUAUGCAUAAGUAUGAACAGGAGUCUAAAAAGGCUGGCAAGGCUUCGUUUGCAUACGCAUGGGUCUUGGAUGAGACUGGCGAAGAGAGGGAAAGGGGAGUAACAAUGGAUGUCGGUAUGACAAAGUUUGAGACCACAACCAAAGUUAUUACAUUAAUGGAUGCUCCAGGCCAUAAGGAUUUUAUUCCAAAUAUGAUUACAGGAGCGGCCCAGGCGGAUGUAGCUGUUCUGGUUGUGGAUGCCAGCAGGGGAGGGUUUGAAGCUGGCUUUGAGACGGGAGGACAGACACGAGAGCAUGGCCUCUUGGUUCGGUCUCUCGGUGUCACUCAGCUAGCAGUGGCAGUCAACAAAAUGGAUCAGGUUAAUUGGCAACAAGAAAGAUUUCAGGAGAUUACUGGAAAACUUGGGCACUUUCUUAAGCAAGCAGGUUUUAAGGAAAGUGAUGUAGCUUUUAUUCCUACAAGUGGUCUCAGUGGUGAAAAUCUCAUCACAAGAUCUCAAUCAAGCGAACUCACCAAAUGGUAUAAAGGGCUCUGUUUAUUAGAACAAAUUGAUUCCUUCAAGCCUCCUCAGAGAUCUAUUGACAAACCUUUUAGGUUGUGUGUGUCUGAUGUUUUCAAAGAUCAAGGAUCUGGAUUUUGUGUAACUGGUAAAAUUGAAGCUGGUUAUAUCCAGACUGGUGACCGACUACUAGCAAUGCCUCCUAAUGAAACUUGUACUGCAAAAGGAAUCACUCUGCAUGAUGAACCUGUCGACUGGGCGGCAGCAGGCGAUCAUGUUAGUCUUACGUUGGUUGGAAUGGAUAUCAUCAAAAUCAAUGUUGGCUGCAUCUUUUGUGGCCCCAGGGAGCCCAUUAAGGCCUGCACUCGUUUCAGGGCCCGAAUCCUCAUCUUUAAUAUUGAAAUUCCUGUCACUAAAGGAUUUCCUGUGCUGUUACACUACCAGACUGUCAGCGAGCCUGCCAUCAUUAAACGACUGAUUAGCGUCUUAAACAAAAGCACGGGUGAAGUCACGAAGAAGAAGCCAAAAUUGUUGACUAAAGGCCAGAACGCAUUGGUGGAGCUACAGACACAAAGACCAGUCGCUCUCGAGCUCUACAAAGACUUUAAGGAGCUGGGGAGGUUCAUGCUGCGUUACGGGGGCUCCACGAUAGCUGCUGGCGUGGUCACCGAGAUAAAAGAAUGAUGGGUCAGAAUUUCUACCGUGUUUCCAAAGCAAUGAAAUAGUCAACCUCUCUUUUUAAAGAAUCCAGAUAUUCAGUUAAAGGAACAGUGUGCAAUUCAUAUUUUUUUUAAGUGAGAGAGAAAAUUGAAGCUAUAGUCAGCUGCAAAGAAGUGUUAGUAAUCACUCCUGCAACAAUUUCAAGUUGCCAACCGGCAAAGAAAGGCUAAUAUUGCACUUUCAUUUUAAAACCAGCUUUCCCUUUGAAAUGUCAGUAAAUGGAUUUACUUUGCUGAGAUUUAUGGAAACUGUCAAAAAUAUGUAUUAGAAGACAUUGAAUCAUCAUGAAAUGAACUCUACUUCCAGCCAAGCCACAAAAUGUUUACAGUUUUCCGUUUUGAUUUUCAUCUGUACUGCACACAUUUGAAGGAAAAAUAACUACAUUGGGUUGUUGAGGUAGUUGAUGCUUGACCCGAGCAAUUUUUUUUAGUUAACUCUAAGAUUCACUGAAGGUUAUAAUAAAGGUAUUUUGGGUUGAGCAUAAGAAUGUUCUUCCUACAACAAGUAAUCCUUUGAAAGCUUAGUCUAGAAUUAGUGGUAACUGUUUCUUUGGUAGUCAAGAUACUAUUUAAGGUGUAAAGCUAGCUAAUAAAAUGUCUUAGUUUGAGCAUAA